UGCCACGCCCCGGCUCCCCCGGCCGGUAGCGGCGCCCACACACGUGCGGCUCGGCCAGUUUCCGGGUCCCGCACAGUCAGGGCAGGCGGCAUGCAGGAGGAGGAGGACGGGGCAGCCCGGGAAUUCCUGGGGAGCGUACUGCGCGAUCUCCCGGGGCAGAGACAGCAGCUGAGGCCGGGCAGCCGCACCGUGAGCCGGGAGGAGGCACAGGGGGAGCUGGCGGAGCUCCUGCUAGGAUUUCUGGGAAACAGGGGUGCACCUUCAUGGCUUUCUGCAACCCUGGUCAAUGCUGCUGUUCAGCAGGCUUUGGAGGGAGACCUCUCCUCCUAUUUGCAGAAGAAAGAUGCAACAGAUUUGCAGGAGCUGGAGAAUGAGAGCCCAAAGGAGGAGGAUAUCUAUUGCUCAGACUUAUUGCUUAACCAUUGCCUGAGCUGCCUGCAGGACAUCACUACCAUGUGGCAGAGUUGCCUGCCACCUAUUACGCGAUGCUCACGCCAGUUGAUUGUUUCUGCCCAUGCCAUCCGUAAUACACGCAGGAAGAUGGAGGAUCGUCAUGUGACCCUAUUGGAGUUCAAUCAACUUCAUGGCCUCACGGAUGGUGUAGAGAGAUCAUACUUUGCAGUAUUUGAUGGACAUGGCGGUGUGGAUGCUGCGAACUAUGCAGCUGCCCAAGUUCAUGUACAAGUGGCUAAUCACGAAGCACUGGCACAGGACCCUGCUCGGGCUGUAAAGGAAUCUUUCCAGCGUACGGAUGCCAUGUUCCUUCGAAAAGCAAAGAGAGAGCGACUGCGGAGUGGAACAACUGGAGUAUGUGUAUUGUUGGAAGAGGAACGAAUACAUGUGGCAUGGCUCGGGGACUCCCAAGCCAUUCUUGUGAGGGACGGGUGUUCUGUAACACUUAUGGAACCCCACAAACCAGAGCGAGAGGAUGAGCGCGACAGAAUAGAAUCCCUUGGAGGUUGUGUUACUUUUAUGGGCUGCUGGAGAGUCAAUGGGACCCUUGCUGUAUCCAGAGCCAUUGGUGACAUUAAUCAGAAACCAUAUGUGUCUGGUGAGGGAGAUGUGACUUCUCAUGUUCUCAAUGGUUCUGAGGAUUUUUUGGUGUUGGCAUGUGAUGGCUUCUAUGACACUGUGUCACCAUCAGAGGUUCCUGAGCUGGUCUUCAGUCACCUUCAAGAGAAUGCAGGUGAUGGACGGAGUGUUGCAGAGAGACUUGUUAAUGCAGCCAAAGAAGGUGGAUCUGGAGACAAUAUCACAGUGCUAGUAGUUUUUCUGCGAGAACCAGUGAAAGUUCUAGAGAAUUUUCUAGCACAAGGUUGUGGGGAGGCAAAACCACUGUUUGACUUUGGAGGCAAGGUGGAGACUGGAUCUGAUCACGCAGGGUGAAACUGGAGUCGCUAUGCCAUACAACUCCCAUGUCCUGCAGAUAUGACUGUUCUAUGAAAUGCUUCGGGGAAAAUAAUAGGUCAAAAGAUUAUCCCUUUAAAUAGCCAGUCUGUUAGUAGGGCAUGUAAAAUCCAGAGCUCUUUGAUGAGGAGCAAGAUCGGAUGUUUGCUUUCACCACCAAAAGCCAAUAAUGGGUGACACUAUCCCUGGUAGCUAUGACAUACUCUUAUGUAUGAGUUGUUUACCAUUGGCACAUAGUCUGAGAAUGAAUUCAAAUUUAAGUGGUUGCAGAACAGGAUUUUCUUGCGGUAUAUAAGAUACUACAUAGAAGCGACGUGUUAGAUCUUGCUUGUUUUCACACUGUAAACCUUUCCAGGAUACCUUUUCUUGGCACAAUGCAUUGCUCAUCUAACUCUUGGGGCAAGGUGUUUCAUAUUUUAAACAUUUUGUUCACUCAUGGAAGCACUGGGCUCUUUGAUUAUGAUAACUCAGGUUACUUCAUCAAUUAUUUUCUUUAAUGGUGAGGGGCCCACACUCUUGUGCUCUGUGUUCAAUGUAAGUGGCUGUACACUGCAGAAUAUUAUUAUUAUUAUUAUUAUUAUUCUUAACCUGGCAUGUCCAAUUGGUAUUCACAAAUUUAAAAGGAGCAUACUGGAACAUGAGAAACUACCACUCUUAUUGGCAGUGGGCACAUUUCUUGAAUGAACACUUAGUCCUACAGACUGUUAACAUUGAAUGUGCUGUAUUACCUCUCUUCCCCAAAGAAAUCUACAGUUUCUAGAGAAUGGACAUAAUUGCAUUUUGUUACCUCGUCUUUUUUCACAGGGCAUUUUACUGCAUGAUGACUAAUUUUCUAGUGGUGAAGAGAAAAAUAUAUGGCCAGCUACUCCAGUGUUAAUAUCUCCUUGUCACCUUCCCUAUUUGUGUGAUUUUAUUGUGACAAACAGAAUGAGUGUUGCCACCAUCCAAAGCCUAUAGAAUUUUUUUUAAUAGUUUGUCUUUUAUUGUAAACAACAGUAUUAACAGUCUUGAGGGCCAUAGGGGAGAGCCAACCACCUGGGUUCGUAAAUGUAUUAUAUUUUUACACAUUUCUUGAUAUCUAGAAUCCAUAGUUUAUAUUUUGGUGUUUUGUGUUUUUAUUUCCACUCUUCUUUCUGAAUGAGUUUCAUAUUUUAAAUGUGUAUUAAUAUUGUUUUGAUAAAGCUACAAGUUCUGUUCAGUAUUGUGAGAGUUAACCCCUACAUUAACUAUACUGUAUUAAAUGACAUUGUUAAAUAAAUGUCUACGUAUGCAAACUCUUAA